UCGUUACUUCCGUUCGUGUCUUUUUUAAAAGCGUGGCGGUUUUAAACUGCUUACUCUAUGGUGAAUGUUAUGAUUGCAAUCUGAAAAUUGCAGUUAAACACAGUCACAAGUAGUGUUGUGUGCAUUUCUUUCCUGGAUUAUUUUAGCAAUAUAUUUUAAUUUGAAAUCUUCAGCGUACACAUCUAUCUCUAAAGAAGAAGAAUGGACCCGUCAUUAUUAGACCGUAUAAGGCCUGGAUUGUCCAUUAAAAUCAGCCGCAGCAACGGACGAGUACAUGCUGCAAAUAUAACAGACGUAAAUUACAUGAAAGGUGUGGUAAUGGUUGAAUGGGCUGAGAAUUCCUCAAACAAAGGAAAAGAGAUUGACUUUGGAGAACUGUACAAUUUGAAUCGUGAAUUAUUUGAAUAUAUGAACAGUGUUAAUCAGUCAGACCCCUCACUGGCGAGGGAGAAUGUUGGGCGCCUGAAGAGGGAUCGCAGAUGUACCAUUUCAAAAAUACCAACUUCCAUGGAAUUGCAUGAUGACGAUGCGAAUGCUGAAAAUGAAUCAGUUAAUCAAAGACCACAUUUAUCAAGAAAAAGUGUUGUAACGCAGAUCAGUGAAAAACAAGAUAAUUCUUCACUGCCACCUACAAAGGGCUCUGCAUCUUCCCUGUCUGUUAAUCAAAGACCACAUUUAUCUAGAAGAAGUGUUGUAACAAAACCAGCUCUAAUGGAGAUCAAUGAAAAACAAGAAGAUUCGUUACUGCCACCUACAAAAGGAUCUACUUCCACUUCUGGUAAUCGCAAGUCUACUGUUGUCCAUCAGGUAGAGAAAAUGAGGAACAGACGUGAAUCAAAUAAAGCAAAAAACCUAGAAAUUCGAGCAAAGAGAGCAAAGGAAAUUGAUAUGCACAGUUCCAAUUGGGAAUUUGCAAGGAUGAUUCAGGAAUACAGAGAAACGAUAGAAUUCCAUCCAAUUACGUUGUAUGAUCCAGUUGAUGAUCACAAAAUAUGUGUUUGUGUAAGAAAAAGACCCCUGAAUAAAAAAGAGAAGUUAAAAAAAGAAAUUGAUGUAAUCACCAUUCCUGACAAAAGUAUGCUUCUGUUACAUGAGCCUAAGCAAAAAGUGGAUCUUACAAAGUAUUUGGACAAUCAAGUGUUUAAGUUUGAUUACUCUUUUGAUGAAACGGCAACAAACGAAAUGGUAUACAGGUUCACUGCUCAGCCAUUAGUUAACACAUUGUUUGAAGGAGGCAUGGCAACAUGCUUUGCCUAUGGCCAGACUGGAAGUGGGAAAACACACACAAUGGGUGGUGACUUUACUGGAAAAAAUCAGAACUCUUCUAAUGGAAUCUAUGCAUUUGCUGCAAGAGAUGUCUUUUUGCUCCUUUCUCAACCAAGAUAUUCAGUGCUUGACUUUGAAGUAUAUGUGACAUUCUUUGAAAUAUACAAUGGCAAGGUUUUUGAUUUGUUAAACAAAAAAAACAAGUUGCGUGUUUUAGAGGACAGUAAGCAGCAAGUUCAGGUGGUGGGACUUCAAGAAAGCCUGGUCUCCUCUGAAGAGGAAGUCAUCAGACUGAUUGAUAUGGGUAGUUCAUUUAGAACAUCAGGGCAGACAUUUGCCAAUUCAAGCUCGUCUCGCUCUCACGCAGUUUUGCAGAUUAUUUUAAAACAUCAUGGCAGGCUCCAUGGCAAGUUCUCCUUGGUAGAUCUAGCGGGCAAUGAGCGAGGAGCUGAUGUUUGCAGUUCUGACAGGCAGACUUUAGUCGAAGGUGCUGAGAUCAAUAGAAGUCUUCUAGCUUUAAAGGAGUGUAUUCGAGCUCUUGGAAAUAACCAGGCUCACACCCCUUUCAGAAUGAGUAAGCUUACACAAGUUUUGAGAGAUUCAUUCAUCGGUGAAAACUCUAAGACCUGCAUGAUAGCAAUGAUUUCUCCUGGCAUGAGCUCUUGUGAAUAUACUUUGAAUACACUUAGAUAUGCAGACAGAGUUAAAGAGCUGAAUGGAGCAACAGACUGUCAGUCAGACAAGAAUGAAAUGGAAGUCAGUGAGCCAUCUAGUCUUCCAGAUGAAGAUGUAAGCCCAAUUAACAGUUUCUAUGAAGCUAUGUCAUGUGUAACUGACCUGGAAGAAAAGAUUGUGGAAGUAUUCCAAGAAAUGAUGCAGAAAGGAAAAGAAAUAAUGACUUUAUUGGAGCAACGUCAGUAUGACUUGGUAGAUGUGAAAAGCCAGCUUAGAGAAGUGGCAAAUGAAGGCUUGGUCUUGCAGGAUCAUUUGAACUCUUUGGAUACAGCGUUGGAAAAAGAGCAAGCUGCACGUGCACAACUCUAGAAAAUCCCACAGAUGGCAGUGUAAGAUUAAAUUUCUUCUUUAAGUGUUACACUGGUAGUAAUUUCCAGUCAGAAAAAUAUAGUCCUGAAUGUGACUAUUUGUUAAAUGCUAUCUUUAUUCAAAGAUAAACAACUGUUUGUUCCCGUUUGUUGUAUUUUUUUCAUGAUGCCACUUGGGUUUAAUGCAUUUGCGGACAUAUAUAUUCUUGUACUGUUCUCCUGUCUCAUGUUGUGUACAACACUUAUCUAUGUGAAAUUUCAGAUAUAUUGGUUAUUUACUGUUGUGAUUUUUGAAGUACUUUUCCUGUCCUAUAUUUUAAAGCCAACAAUUAAAAUAUCUUAACCUUGUUGAAAAGGGUGAUUUAAUGAUGUUUGUAAAGCUAUUCAUGUAAAUUUAUAUGGAUGAGACGGCUCUUGGUUUUAAAAAUGGAAACUUUCUGUAUAGUAUAACCUGUAUAGUACAUGUAACUUGUAAUAAAGUCUAUGAUGGCUAUGUUAGUGUUCCUGUAUGUUUUAAGAAUAUUCUGAUUUUUAUUUCCCCCAAAGUUGCACAUCCAGUAUUUGUGUAUUGGACACAUUUACUAUUUACCUUUUAAUUAUUUGUUGCUAACUUCCCUUGACCACAGAAAGCUAAUAUUUGCAUUUUGAAUGAAAAAUGUUUUUACCAUGUUGAAAUUUUAUGGUUAAAGAGUACAAUGCUGUUGCUGUGGUUUAGUUUCUAUGUUUCUCCUGUCUACUACUGUUCAAAAAUAUUUUGACAAAGAACAUGUAUUGAAAGCUUGUGGCUUUUGAAUGACAAUCUUGUUUAUACAUGUUUGUUCCCUCUUACAACACUUUUUUUUUUUUUUUUAAAUGUGAAUAAAGUGACCAACUAGUGAAUUUUGAUAAAAGAGAACAUACCAAAUUUCUAUAGCACUUGACACCUUGUUUACCUGUUUUUUUUUUGUUUUUUUUGUUUUUUUUAUUAUAUAUCCCCUCUUUGUGAUUUAGUUUUUAUAGUUCUAUUAUCUUUUUGGUAUCUUUAAUCUGCCUUUUCUGUACCUCUCGUGUUUCUCUUUUCAGUGACCAAUUUAAUGUGGCUUCAUUUUUAAUUGCAUUGUAAUGUAAAUAAAGACCACUGCGUCAUAUUUCUGGGCUUUCUAUUGGAAGAAAAA